GGUGGCAGCAGGCAGCAGAAAGGAAGGGAAGAAGAAGAAGAAACCGGAAAAGGAAAAGGAGGAACAGCUGAUUCUCAACUUGUUUUCAUCGGUUUGACCAGAGUCCAGUUGCCAGGUCCGGAUCAGAAACCUCAUCAGAACCAGCUGGGAGCCACUGACCUGCAGGAGGAGGAAGAGGAGGAGCUCUGUGGGAAGUGAUCCACUUCUGCUGCAGUGGGUUAACAUGGGGAACAGCGCGCUGAAGUCCCACCUGGAGACCUCCCAGAAGACCGGAGUGUUUCAGCUGACGGGAAAAGGCCUGCAGGAGUUUCCAGAGGAGCUCCAGAGACUCACCGCUAACCUGAGGACUGUGGAUCUGUCGGGGAAUAAGAUCGAGUUUUUGCCGGCCUCCGUGGGGAACUUCCUGCUGCUGAAGAGCCUGACGCUGAACGGCAACAAGCUGACGGGCCUUCCUGAUGACAUCGGGAAGCUGAAGAAGCUGGAGACCCUGAGUCUGAGCGGGAAUCGGAUCCAGCGGCUGCCCUCCGCUGUGGGCCAGCUGAAGGCCCUGAGGACCCUGAACCUGGCCGGGAACUUGAUCACAGAGUUCCCCGCAGGACUGGGAACCCUGAGACAGCUGGACCUGCUGGAUCUGUCCAGGAACAGGAUUCAGAGUGUCCCAGCAGAGGUGUCGGAGCUGCAGGCCAUCGAGAUCAACCUCAACCAGAACCAGAUCUCGGUGCUGUCAACAGAGGUGUCCCGCUGUCCUCGGCUGAAAGUUCUCCGUCUAGAGGAGAACUGUCUGGAGCUGUCCUCCAUCCCUCACUCUAUCCUGGCCGAGUCACAGGUGUCCCUGUUCUCCGUGGAGGGGAACCUGUUCGAAGUGAAGAAUCUCCGAGAGCUGGAGGGAUACGAGAAGUACAUGGAGCGUUUCACCGCCACCAAGAAGAAGUUUGCCUGAUCUUCCCCCAACAUCUAAACUCCUACUAACCCCCCACCCCGCAGCAGUCGGAGCUUCUCAUUGGUCCGCAGCCAGGCGCCACAUAGACCUGCUGAUGAGACGGAGCUUAGCAGCAUGGAAGGAGCUUCAGUCACAGGAAGCCGGCGGCCAGCUGCUCCAGCAGAGGGAGCAUCAGAAACUGCCUACUUUCAAGGAUGUUCCAGUGAUGUCAUAAGCCCAUAUAAGGAAGCAGAUGUUAGCUCCUGGACUCUGAUCUUUUCUUAUAGCGCAUGAAGCCUAGUUGUCAUGUUGUUGAGCGGCUCAGCCUUGUAGCACAACCAUAACCCCCCCACCAACACCACCCCCACCCCAGCCUUUAGUUUAACCAUCUCAGAAAGAAAGACUGUAGCCGGUACCAGCCCGUUGUGCGACCCAGGAGGUUCAGAAGCUUUGAGAGCCAAACUGAAGUAUGAAGCUCAGCAAAGCUUUAUGAAAAGUAUUCCCACCCCCACCAGGCCUGCAGGGUGUUUAAUUUGAAGUGCGAUUGAGCACUAAUGAAUCGGAGCUAGAUCAGUCCAUCUCUUGGCUACCACCAUCUGGAAAGGUUAUCCUUCUGUCUGUUACAGGCUGUGAACAUGAAGGGGUGUGAAUACUUUUCGUGUUUUUAACCAUGGUUGUUUUACUCAGACACUAAACGACUGUUUCUCUGAUCCGUUACGUUUGAGGUGACUCUGUGUUGGAGUGACUGACAUGCUGGAUGUAUCAUGGUCUCUGUAUGAACUGACUGUUCUGACCUCCAUCAUGCCCUGUAUUUAAUAAAAGCUUAACCGGACCUGCCUCCA